AUGAGUCCGCCUCCGAGUCCUCAGUCUCUGCUUCCUCCUCAGAAGAUGUGGGGUGAACUUGAGGAGAUCCUCAAAGUAUCCUUUCUACUGUCCACAACAUCCCCGGUCAGCACCUCUCCGCCCGCACUUGGAAAUGCGGUUGGCCUCAUCAUUUUUGUACAGGGAGUGGGGAUUUUGCUGCCCUGGAACUUCUUCAUCACUGCUACACAGUAUUUUAAUGAUCGUCUGUCAGAAAACUACAGCUCAAACUCCACGUCUUUCCAUGUUCAUAAAUAUAACUAUGACAGCUGGAUGUGUCUGCUCUCUGAGCUCCCUCUACUGCUCUUCUCACUGCUCAACUCCUGCCUCUACCAACAUGUGCGAGAGCGCUACCGUGUGGCCUUCAGUCUGGUCGCGUUCAUUUUCCUGUUCGGACUCACUGCAGCUCUGGUCGAGGUGGAGAUGGACCAGGACGCCUUCUUCAUUGUCACUAUGGCAACCAUCUGGUUCAUCAACAUGUUCGGAGCAGUUCUCCAAGGCAGUCUCUUUGGUUUGGUCGGCCUUUUUCCUUAUCGUUACAGCACAUUCUUCAUGAGCGGACAGGGCCUGGGUGGGAUCUUUGCAAACGUGGCCAUGCUCCUCUCCAUCCUCAGUAACUCAGACAGCAGGUCGGCCGCCCUGGGGUACUUCAUCACUCCGUGUGUGUUCACUCUGGUCACUCUGUUGUGUUACCUGCUCCUGCCUCAUCUGGUGGCACUCUAG